GCUCCUGUUGCCGAGGCUGUGGUUGCCCCUCCUCCCUCCUAGCCCCUGCAGGUGUGUCUCCAGGUUCUCUGGCUCCCUUCUCCACUCCUUACCCAGAUUUAGACCUGAUCAGUCACCCUGUCUCAGAGCUCCAGUUGAUCCCAUUGCCAGUGAGAGAGAGAGAGAAUGGAAGCCUCAGAAGGCACAAGAAGCAAUGGGGUUAGUCCUGAAGCCAGGGAUGCCCGAAGCCCCUUGGGCACCAAUGGCAACAUGGAGAACGGUGGCAAGGUUGAAGGCAAGGAUACCAAGGGCACCAAUGGGCACGCCGGGGAAGGUACUGAGAACAAAAAUCUAGGGAGCCCCCUGAAGCAGGGGGAGGGAAGAAGCUCCUUGUUUUCUGGCAACGAGUGGCGGAAGCCCAUCAUCCAGUUUGUUGAAUCUGUAGAUGACAAGAACUCCAACUAUUUCAGCAUCGACUCUGCGGACAAGAGGUCCCCUUAUGCCGGCCUCCAGUUGGGGGCCUCCAAGAAGCCACCUGUGACCUUUGCAGAAAAGGGGGAGCUGCGUAAGUCCAUUUUCUCUGAGUCCAGGAAGCCUGCGGUGUCCAUCCUGGAAUCUGGGGAGGGGAGAAGGAACAGCUACCCCCGUGGGGGAGACUCGGGCAUCAGCCUCCUUCGGUCCAAGUCCAAUUCAGAAGAGAUCCUUUGUGACUCCUGCAUAGGCAACAAGCAGAAGGCGGUGAAAUCUUGCCUGGUGUGUCAGGCCUCCUUCUGUGAACUGCACCUCAAGCCUCACCUGGAGGGAGCAGCCUUCCGGGACCAUCAGCUGCUUGACCCCAUCAGGGACUUUGAGGCCCGAAAGUGCCCCCUUCAUGGAAAGACCAUGGAGCUCUUCUGUCAGACAGAUCAGACCUGCAUCUGUUACCUCUGCAUGUUCCAGGAGCACAAGAACCACAGCACCGUGACCGUGGAGGAAGCAAAAGCCGAGAAAGAGACAGAACUGUCAUUGCAAAAGGAACAAUUGCAGCUGAAGAUCAUUGAGAUUGAAGAUGAAGCUGAGAAGUGGCAGAAAGAACGGGACAGGAUUAAGAGCUUCACCACCAAUGAAAAAGCCAUCCUGGAACAGAACUUCCGUGACCUAGUUCGGGAUCUUGAAAAACAGAGGGAUGAAGUUAGGGCAGCACUGGAACAGAGGGAGCAAGAUGCUGUGGACCAGGUGAAGGUGAUUGUGGAUGCACUGGAUGAGAGGGCCAAAGUGCUACAUGAGGAUAAACAGACCAGAGAUCAGUUGCACAGUAUCAGUGACUCAGUGCUGUUUCUUCAGGAAUUUGGGGCACUAAUGAGCAAUUAUUCACUUCCUCCACCUCUACCUACAUACCAUGUCUUGUUGGAAGGAGAAGGCCUGGGUCAGUCACUGGGUAACUUCAAGGAUGACUUACUCAAUGUGUGCAUGAGACAUGUGGAAAAGAUGUGCAAAGCGGAUCUGAGUCGAAACUUCAUUGAGAGAAAUCAUAUGGAGAAUGGGGACCAUCGCUUUAUGAACAACUAUGCAACUGACUGGGGCCAGUCAGAUACCAUGAAGAGAUAUUCCAUGUACCUCAAUCCUAAGGCUGGGGCCAGAGCAUCUUAUCAACCUUCUUCUCCAGGCCGCCUCACCAAAGAGUUCAACCAGAAGAACUUCAACAAUCUUUAUGGAACCAAAGAUAACUACACUUCCAGAGUAUGGGAAUAUUCAUCCUCCAUUCAGAGCUCCGAUAACAUGCCUGUUGUUCAAGGCAGCUCCUCCUUCUCUCUGAAAGCAGGCAGUGGGAAAGUCCCCUAUCAGUUCACCACCCUGGGACAGGCCUCUACAGAGUUUUCCAAACAGUUGGAUGGUGGCCUGUUUAACAGUAACGCUGGUUAUCCUUCCAUCAUUAGAAGUCAGAGUCCCAAAGCUCAGCCACAGACUUGGAAAUCUGGCAAGCAAACCUUGCUGUCACACUACCGUCCUUUCUAUGUCAACAAGGGCAAUGGCGUGGGUUCCAAUGAAGCCCCUUGAGCUCCUGACCCAGGAGUGAGACACCAAGAGACCAUCUGACCCUUCCCCAGUUGUACCUGCUACUACUAUUAUUCAGCUACUCUUCUGUCUCUAGGGGGUCUGGGUUGGUGGAGAACGUGACCUCCCAAGGAUUGUCCUCCCCACCCCACCCCCAGCUUCUCCAGUCCUCUGACCUCCCUGACAGUCUUAGAAUUUGUCAGUAACUGCCCCUUAGCUACACUAUGCUUGGUCCCCUGUCUGCUCGGGUCCCCUGCUUUCCCUGCAGCCAGAGAGAACUAUCAUCUCUGGUUUUAUGGGUCAGGAUAGAGUUCACAGAAGGGACUUUCCUUCCUCCCCUCCCAUACAGUUAGGUCCUUCUGCAGUUCCUGAGAUGGCACCAGCCUGCCAUCCCUGCCCAGUCUCCUGUCUCCUCAGUGCAGCCAAAACAUCGGUUUCCCAUAGGACUGCAGACAAUCACCCUGCUGGGGACCCAAGGGGGCUGUGCACCUAGCGGACAAGCUUCUGUCGCUUCCUAGACACAGACGUUGUCUCGCUCUUGUCAGCUCGUGUCCUUGGCAGGGCAAGAUUGAUUUCCCUCAGACUCAGACCAAUUUUUCUAAUUCCAGGCCUGCCCAGGGUUUUUGAUCUUGCCUGAAGAGGGCAAAAUUCCUCCUCUCUGGCUAAAGGCUGGUUUCCUACACAGCCAGAAGGGGUGGAUGCUUUUGUCAUUGUGCCAACAGGCCCAGAGUCCUCAACCAAGGGGUAAGAAGAUAAGUCCCCCCCAUUCAGGAAACCUAUCUCUAUGAGAGAGGCUUGACUCUUACCCCUCCCUAAUCCUUCUCUUUGUUGCCUCAGUGGGGGAUGCUCCUCACAGUGCCUUCCUGUAGGCUUGCAAAUAGCUGCUAGCCUGGUUGCCUUGGGGUUGAGUGAUUCAUUUUGUUGCCUAAAGUAGAAUAUAAAAUAAAGGAGUGGGUGGGAAGGGGAGAACCUGGUGAAUGAAAAUGACUGGGCUAGUAUACAGUAAGCACUUAGGUAAAAAUAUGUCCCCUAUGCCCAUCCCAAACAGAAUUGCUGUCCCUUUUUCCCUUUGACCAUUCUCACUGUUAAGAGCUACUUAGCAUCUCAGCUUUCUCAGGACCUAGCUGAGAGUGAGCCUUGAGAAGAAAAAAGUCAACAAUAAUAUACAAAACCAGGAGGAGUCUGACUCCUGACAUCUGAUCUCCCUUCCCCCACUGUGGAGGGAAGAAAGUGGUAGGGAGACAGAGAAGGGACAGGGUGGAGGGGGUUGGUUGGGAGAUACUGGGCUGGCACAGGAUGGGAGGAGCUCAGCUGUGGCUUCCCCUCCAGAAUAAAUCAUUGAUCAACCCUUU